UCGCUAGCAAGCGAAUAGUGUCGCCACUGUGGCGCACCCAAAUUGACAUGAAAUUUCCAGUAAAAUUUCCAAACUCACAUGGUUUCCAUCUUAUUUGUUUUUGUUUAAUUUCAUUCAAUGAAAUUCAUUGUUGACCUUUAUUUAAUUUAUUUUUUUGUGUGAUUUAACUUUAGCUGACUACUUUAAAUAAUGAAACGUCAAGCCGAAACUCGAUAUAUCGUUUGCUUGAUGAAUUUACAAUGAAAUUUACAAUCAAGUCUUUCAUUGGUGUCUUUAAUUUGAUUGAAGUUUUAUUUGCAUUGCAACUUUCUGGUGCCAGUUAUGAUCAAAGUAUUGCUUACAAGCUUCUACCGGCCGCAGAAAAGCGGCAACUUCAAUAUCAGAUGCUCAAUCUGUUCGGAUUAGAUCAUAGACCAAAACCAAAGAGAAAAGAUUUGUUUUCAUCCGUUUACCUUCAAAAUUUGUAUCAAUCGUUUUUCAAUGAAGAAACGGCUAAUCUUGAUUGCGAUGAUUCUCAUCCUGUUAUCGUUGAAGGCGAAGUUUUAAGAAGAACAAGUGUUAAAGCUCUUAACGAGUCAGAUGUAAUUGUCAGCUUUGUUAGUAAAUUUCCAAUACAUGUGACGCAUGUUGGACAUGAUGAAGAGUCUGAUCUCUGGUUUGAUACAAGGGAAAUAGCUCCAGGCAGUAAAGUCUUAAGUGCUGAGUUACGAUUGUUCCUAGGCGCAACUCGUUCUUCAACUGCAAUAUUUGAUCUCCUCAAGAUAAAUAUUGAUAUGAUCACUGAUCUUGAUAAUCAGCAAUCUCGCUUGAUAGAUUCUAAAACUUUUUCUUAUAAACAAGGCUGGCUAAUGUUUAAUAUCACUGGUGCCAUUCAAGAAUGGAUUGAUCAUCCGUUAAGCAAUCUCGGUCUUUAUGUGACUGUAUUCUCGCUAUCGACUGGUAAAGAGCUUGACCCAAAGGACAUUGGGCUAAGUGAUCCUAUUGAAGAUAAGCGACCUUUUGUUCUUGCUUUCUUCGAACGCCAAUCCCAUUUGCUGCAUCGAAAAAAAAGAGAUACAAAAAGUAGUGACGAAGUGACUGCUCUUAAACCUCAUAAUCCUUAUUAUGAUUUUACGGAAUUCGUUUCAAGCCGCAGUUGCCAAAAAAAGAGCUUAUAUGUUAGCUUCAAAGAUCUCGGGUGGCAAGAUUGGAUAAUUGCCCCCGAUGGAUAUGCAGCAUUCUUUUGUGAUGGCGAAUGUUCUUUCCCACUCACUGCUCAAAUGAAUGCCACCAAUCAUGCCAUAGUUCAAACACUCGUUCAUACAAUGGAACCAAACAAAGUGCCUAAAGCUAAUUGUGCGCCCACCAAAUUGACUUCUAUUAUGGUUCUCUAUUUUGAUGAUAAUUCUAAUGUUAUCCUCAAAAAGUAUAGGAAUAUGGUCGUUAAAUCCUGUGGAUGCCAUUAAUUAAAUCAAAAUUAUUUAUUUUUUUAAAAAAAGUAACUUUAUGAAAGCAGUCAACUAUGUUUUUAUUGUAAAUUAUGAAUCUCAUCUCAAUUCAUGAAUCUAUUGCCGUUUCUUCAUUAGUUACAAAUCUAAAAUCUUAUUAGUCAAUUUCGUUUGAUUUGAAUCAAUUGUAUUAUUUUACUUGACUAAUUUCUUCUGAAUCAUUUUACUUUUAAAUUUGAAGCAAUCUCAUCUGAUGUUCACAAUAGAAGAAAUUUAAAAAAUAUUAAAAUAUUUGAAUAAAACAGGCUCGUCUGAAUUUCCUACAGCCAUCAA